CGUUGCACCGUCCAGCGAAAAAGAAUUGAAGUGACAAGAAGAGUUACUGGAAAGUUAUCCAGGGAAUAUAAUUACCAUUUAAGACAAGCAUUGGCCAGUUUAAAUUAUAUACGACAGAUGGCGCUGCCAUUAUUUUCCGCUUACGAAAUUUGGCGGGAGUAAAUAGUUGGUUAUAAUUUGGAGGACUGUGACGUGCAACAAACUAAUUCGGUUAAAAUACAGAAGAUGGAAUUUGUUAGGAAGCAUGUUCCGGUUCAGAAAGAAAUUAGUAAUUUGCAACAAUUGUAUCCCCAUGACAUGCAAUUUUAUAAACUUCCACCUAUGGAUGAGAUUUCUCUCAGUGAAUUCGAAGAAUUUGGCAGAGAAAGAGUUAAAGUUCUGAGGUCAGUGGAGACUAUCCUUUCUUGGAAGAAUCUGAAAUCUCCAGUUGAACGUAGAGAAGCUUUGUGCGAUGCUUUAAAUAAAGAUGGAUUGACUUAUUUUGCUAAAUUAAUUAAUGGCUCUGGAUGCUCAAGACAUACAGACGUAGAGCUUCAAGCUAGACGUAGAGACCAUAUAUCUCAUUUUAUAGCACGAUUAUCCUUCUGUCGAAAUAAUGAUUUAAGGCGUUGGUUUACCGUUCAAGAAGUAGAGCUAUUUAAAUUAAGGUUCUCUGCUUUAAACAAAGAAGGUACAGAUCGGCUCCUAGAGAUUAGUGGUUUGGGUCAUUUACCGAUUUCUGAAGAAGAGAAGGAAAAAAUUAGAACACGUUUGCAUGACUCGACGGCAAGGCUCAAUGUUAAUAUUGAUAAAACUGAGUUUUAUAAAGUUCGAUUUGAAAAUGUGACUGAACUGGUAAGGAGUCGCAAGGUUUUCCUUAAGGAUGGAUUUGCAUAUGUGCCUCAAACUGAAUUAGUGUGGGUGUUCCUAUCACAUUACAAAAGGAGUUUGUGCGCUCAUCUACAGUAUGCUCAUCGCAGCCUGUCUAAAUGCUCCGAUGAUGAACGAAUAUACACGUAUCUGGAAAACCUUUGCAAAACUAAUACAGUGAAGGAUAAUGUUCAAUGGGACACCACUGAAAUUUCUAUCGAUUCCCUAGAUGAGUUGUCCAAAAUUUCAUAUCCCCUUUGCAUGAGGGUGCUACAUGAAGCUCUACGUACCAAACAUCAUCUCAAAAAUAGUGGACGUGUGCAGUACGGGUUAUUUAUCAAGGGUAUUGGCGUCACCCUGGAAGAUUCAAUGAAUUUUUGGAAAACAGAAUUCUGUCACAAUAUGGAUGGGGAAACAUUUGACAAGAAAUAUAGCUAUCAUAUUAGACAUUCGUAUGGCAAAGAAGGAAAGCGUACAAACUAUACACCCAUGAGUUGUAACAAAAUUAUAAAUUCUACAGUCGGACCUGGCGAAUGCCAUGGUUGUCCGUUCCGGCAUGUGUCAUACGAGGAGCUGAAGCAAAAGUUAACUGGUUAUGGACUGUAUUCUGCUGCGGUUACAGAGAUUGCAGAUACAGCUAAGGAAGGCCAUUACCAAGUGGCGUGCUCCAAAUAUUUUCAGAAACUACACAAUACACUGGAAGAAGAAAUCAUUCUACAUCCGAACAGAUAUUUUCACAAGAGUCGUGAACUAUUGGUUGGAAAUUCCAUUGCACCAGAUACUCAACCGUCCAAAGACAAGGGACUGAUGGAUGUCGACGAACCAAUGGACACGGCACAACAAUAAUAAUCACUAUUUCAAGAAAAGAUGUGGUUGAUCCAUAUAAAUAGUUUUACAGAAGUUUUCAUAUUACAAUUUAAUGUGAAUAAAUAUUUAUGAGCAAAA